AUUAUAUUAAAUGUUCAUUAUAUUCAUUUAAGUUGGUCAGAUUCCGAAAUUUUUAUUUUCAGUAUAAUAUUCAAACAAGUUUCGUAGAUUUUACCGCAAGAGACUACGAAUAUUUCUAAAUUAAAACUUUACAAGUUCACGCAAUAAUUUAUGUUUUGAUUGUUAUGCUGCGUUCACACGAGACGUGAAUCACGAGUGAAUCACGAGAUAGCCCCACGACCUAAGCAUGAUAGAAUCAAACAAUGUUUGAUUUUCAGUGGUGAAAUACGAACGAAGGUGGCGUGGCGUUCACUAAAAGAGAUAUAAUAUUAUGAAGACUUUAAGAAAAAAUAUUUUCAUGAAAUUGAAUAUGGCACAGUAUCAACUAUAUUCGUCCGCUAAUGAAUCAUCAACCGUGGCUCGUUGUCCAAUUGAUUGUCUAAUUCCUGAGUAUGGUCCUGAAGCCCCACAACCGUCAUACAAUCAAAACAGUGCUAUCCCGUUUACAAUUGAUUAUUCAUAUUUCAUCAACGAUAUUUCUUCCAAACGACAGCCGUCUCAACUUCGAGAAAUAACGAGGGUGCUAGAGAAACUACCACCAAACAGCAUAAAAUUCGGUGUCGGUGUACCAAAUGUACUAACAUUUCCAUUCAAGAAGAUUAGCGUGGAAAUAAUUACCGGCGAGAAUAUUAAACUUCAAGGUCAAGAACUAUCUGAUGCCUUGCAAUAUCUGCCUUCGGUUGGAUAUCGGCCUUUGAUAAAGAUAUUGGAAGAAAUGCAAGACAGGUUUCAUGGACCUCAGUAUUGGAAUAAAAGAAGUAUUAUGAUGACAUCUGGCGCACAAGAAGGAUUAUCCAAGGCCGUGGACAUGUGCAUGCGUUGCAACGACUCAGUGAUUAUGCCUGAUCCUGUAUAUACAGGAGCCGUUGACUUGUUCAGACCAUAUGAUGCUGAGAUCAUACCGAUUGUACAAGAUUCUUGUGGUAUAGUCGUGGAAGAAAUUGAGAAAGUUUUAUCUAAAAGAAAAAGAAAAAUGAUGCCGAUACCCAAAGUAAGCCACUACAAUAUAUAUAUUAAUGUACAUGUGUAUUAUGGCCCUUUGACCCCGGAUCGUUACAUUCGCUGAUCACUUUACAACCCC